GGUCUCUGCUUGGUCCUCAGCGACUGGCUGGCUGGUGUGGAUCGGGAGAGGUGAGAGGUGAGAGUCCGCCUCUCUGGAGCCCUCCAGGAAAUGACCCCUGGGGCUGGCGGGGGACCUUGGGUGAUUGUGCAGGACAAUGGACAAUGGGGCUGAAUUUCCAGAGCCAAGUGCUUCUGCUGCCCCACGGCCCCUCGGCUAAGCCCACUGGUGGGCUGGGCUAUAAAGCCUGGCCUCCUGGGGCUGGGAUUCCUGUGCUGGGAGCUGGGCGGCAGGCAUGGCCUCGAAGUGCAUCCUGCUGGGCCAGGUCCUGCCGCUCCUCUGGGUGUCCGUGGCUGGGGCCGAGGUUCUGCUGCAGCCCGAUUUUGAUGCCAAGAAGUUCUCAGGCCUCUGGUACGUGGUCUCCGUGGUCUCCGACUGCAAGGUCUUCCUGGGCAAGAAGGACCACCUGCUGAUGUCCACUAGGACCAUCGAGGCCAUGGCGGGUGGCAACCUCAGUGUCCACAUGCAGUUCCCUCGGGCUGACGGCUGUCACCUGCUGGACACCGAGUACCUGAGGGCGGGCUCCGAGGGCCACUUCAGAGUUCCAGCCCUGGGCUACCUGGACGUGCGCAUUGCGGACACAGACUACAGCUCGUUCGCCGUGGUCUACAUCUACAAGGAACUGGAGGGAGCCCUCAGCACCAUGGUGCAGCUCUACAGCCGGACCCAGGAAGCAAGUCCCCAAGCUGUGAAGACCUUCCGGGACUUCUACCCCACGGUGGGGCUCGAGGAUGACAUGAUGGUCAUGGUGCCCAAGUCAGAUACGUGCUCCUCUGGGGACAAGGAAGCUCCCUGACACCUGUGGAGGCCCACCUCGGCCCUUUGCAGGGCCAGCUGGAGCAGCAGACCUUGUCGUCCCGAGUUGUCCGGACCCACCGUCCUCCU